AUGUGUUUCAACCCGAACAUCUUCAGGUUCCAGUCGGUGGCGGCGGUUGCAAGCAAGGCCAGCAAAGGAAGUGACAAAGGCGACAAGGAGAACAAGGAGGCGAAGCUGAAGCGACAGAGCGUCAUUGCCGUCAACUCCCACGACCAGUCCAUCUCAAUCUGGGCCACGGCCCGCGGCGGUCGCCCGCUGAUGGUCUGCAAGGACCUCUUUGAGAACUCCAUACUCGACUUUUCCUGGUCGCCCGACGGCUACAAGCUGAUGGCCUGCUCUUCAGAUGGCACUGUUACCUUCAUCGAGUUCACGGAGAAAGAACUGCACAGCAAAGUCAUUAGCAGCAGCAAGAGCGCUAUCACGAGCAAUCUCAUUGAGGACGGUGAUAUGGCGUUGCUGCGGAAGAAGCAGCAAAGUGCAGUUAAAGAACUUUUGUCUACAGGUUUCAUGCCUGUCGCCGCCGAAGAUCUCCCCAGCACCAGUAAGAAGCCCUCUUCUGUGGAGAUGUUCGGCAACAACAACUCAAACUCCUCGAAAGGUGCCAUUGGCGGUGGCCUCCGUCUGGCAAAAGGACCACUGAAAGAGCAGAUUGAAAAUCAUUCUGCUGACAGUCGUCGUCGCAUCAUUCCGCUCUUCAUUCCCCUGGUCAGUGAUGCACUUGUAAAUGAAGAGAUGGACCAUUGUGGAGGCGGUGGAGGUGGCUCGGUGGUUGCCAGUGGCAGCACUUCAGCCGCCGCUGGCUCGUUCAACUCGAUGUCCUUCAGCUCGAGCAGCGAGGCGAAGAGUAAAAUUGUAAUGGAAACCCGUGGUGAAUCGAACUCGCCGAUGGAGUACAUGACCUACGUCUCUAGCGAUCAAGUGAUGUCGAAUGGACUGACGAAUGCGAAGACGACGACAGCCGCUUCGGCUGGCAAAGGAACGUCCAAAGGAGCUAAAGGAGGUGGCUCCAAGUCACAAGUUCGGCCUGAGUCCUCUGAUGACUCCUCUUCCUCAAGUGAUAUCAUCCUUCCACGUAAAGGCAGGAGGAAAAGGAAAGUUGUCAAUUUUUUGUCGCAAAGUACAGAUGAGGAAGAAGGAGGCUCAGAGCCACAAAAGACGCCGUCAAUGAAUGUGACUUGCGCCCCCGGAAAGCAGGGUAACAACAUGAGCCACAGCAGCAACAACACCAGCAAUUCCAGUGAGUACCGGCCAAAGUCACCGGUGCCUUCUACCUCAUCUGCUGCCACCACCACUUUCACCAACGGCACAAUGGUCAAGGCGGCCAACAAGGUGGCGAACAGUAGCAACAGCACGUCACACGUUCGACCUGAAUCCUCUUCCGACUCCUCUUCAAGUGAUAUCAUCCUUCCGCGUAAAGGCAGGAGGAAAAGGAAUUUUGCCAAUUUUAUGUUGCAAAGUACAGAUGAGGAAGAAGGAGGCUCAGAGCCGCAAAAGACGCCGUCAAUGAAUGUGACUUGCGCCCCCGGAAAGCAGGGUAACAACAUGAGCCACAGCAGCAACAACACCAGCAAUUCCA